AUGCAGUCCCUGUCCCCCACAGCUGCCUCCGGCCGUGGCAUGUCACACUCCAGCACCCUAAGCGCUACAGAGCUGGCUGUCCACAGCAGCAGCGAGACCAGCACCCCAGAGGAGCUCUGCGACUACAACAGCAGCUCCGGGGUGGAGUCCCGCUCUGAGGGGGGGAAGCUCCACACCCCGCCUGCCGCCCUGGCCCCCGUGCUCUCCCUCCAGCCUGACCUGGAGGACCAGGACCUGGGCAUCCACCUGGAGAGAGGGGACGGAGAGGGGGAGGAGGCAGAGGCCCUGCCAGCCGACCAGGUCCCAGGGGACCCCGCCACAGCACCCACGUCCAACCCCUCGUCGUCCUCCACCACGGAGGAUGAGGCCAGUGACACGGAGGGCGAGGCCCAGCUGGACGAGCUGGGCCAGGGCAUCCAUAACGCCACCUUCGACAGCAAGCCCGGCGCCCAGCGCUGCCUGUCCGCCCUGGAGGAAGGGGAGGAGACCAGCGGAGGCGCAGAAGAGGGCGGAGACACCCCCCAGUCUGCCAACUCGGCGGCAUCCUACGCCUACGACAUGACUGCGUCCAACUCCAAUGCCCACUCCACGGCUGAGAGCUGCACUAAGAGCCCUGGCAUCUUCUCCCUGGAGGAGCUUCCUGAGGAAGCCAAGGACCCGUCGCUCAUCCAGGAGCUGACCCUGCCGCCGCCCCAGCAACAGGCUGCCUUGGCAGACUCCCUUCCAGUCUCCAACCCAGAGGAGCAGCAGUACAUGUUGUGUGGGAAGCUUGAGGCAGAGCUGGGGGACACGGGGGAUCUGAAACCCCUGGACCCCGCGCUGUUCGCGGCCCCUCAGCAGCCCGGGGAGGGCCCCCGUGUCACCCAACCACCCUACUACUCCACUAUAUGUGAAAACACUGAGAACUCUCUCACAGGGCUCAACGCACUCCCCCAGCCACACUACCGCCGCGACCACCACCCGACCCCAAGCCCCACUGUGACCUCUUGACCCCACCCAGGCUGACCUGUGCUGACCUGCCCCCCCGGAGCCCUCGCCUGCAGGCCAGCCCCCAGCUCCGCAGACUGGAACGGCACCAGCAACAACUACUA